AUGUUGUUUGUUACAGAAGAGGAAGAGGAGCAGGUACCUACAGAUGGAGGUACCUCCGCAGAAGCCAUGCAGGUGCCACUCGAAGAGGAGGGAGAUCUGGAAGAGGAUGAGGCAAUUAAUGAUGAGAACUACCUGAGCAAGAGACCAUUAGAAAGUCCUGAUGCUGAGGAAUUUCCACCUGUGAAACGACCCAAAGUAGCUGUUUCUAAAGGGGACACCUUGGACGGGGCCUUGGAGCCACGUGAGCCUCUCAGUUCAAUAAAUACUCAAAAAGUGCCACCAAUGCUUUCGCCUGUUCACGUUCAGGAUAGUACAGAUUUAGCCCCUCCUUCACCAGAACCACCAAUGUUGGCUCCCAUUGCAAAAUCGCAGCUGCCAACCCCCAAAACAUCAGAGACAAAACCGUUUACACCCAAAACAAAGUCCAAAACAAGUUCUCCAGGGCAGAAGACAAAAUCACCCAAAACUACUCCCUCGCCAGUGGUUAGUGGAAGUCCCAUACGUUCACCAAAAACUGGAUCCAAAGAAAAAAAGUCACCAGGCCGCGCCAAGAGCCCCAAAAGUCCGAAAAGUCCAAAGGCUCCUACUCAUGUUCCUCAAGCAGCUGUCAAACCUGAAACGCCGAGUAGAACCCCUCUGGCUGCAUUAAGUGACAAAAUAGGAAAGGAAAACAUUCAAGUGAAACAGGCGCAGACGCCACCAGAGCCUGUCGCCAAGCCAAGCAUUGAAAACCAGCCCAAGAAAGUAGCAGUGAUGGACAAGACGAUUGAUGAUUCGAUUGACGCUGUGAUUGCUCGUGCCUGUGCAGAACGGGAGCCUGAUCCCUUUGAGUUUUCCUCUGGUUCUGAAUCAGAAGGGGAAAUUUUUACCAGUCCUAAAAGACUUUCUAUAUCCGAGACUACAACUCCUAAACCGUCUGUUUCUGCCAAUAGUUCGAGUAAGGCAGGAUCAACACCAGUACCUCCUUCAGGUGGGACUUCAAGUUCAGACAUUUCAUGGACAAUGGAUGACUCAAUUGAUGAGGUCAUUCGAAAAGCAAACAUGGGGACACCUUCUAAUCCACCUACCAACUUCACUUAUUUCUCUUCUCCUUCUGCCUCACCUCCAACUCCAGAACCUCUUCUCAAAGUCUAUGAGGAGAAAACCAAGAUGGCUUCAUCGGUAGAAGUGAAAAAGAAACUGAAAAAAGAGCUGAGAACAAAAAUGAAGAAGAAGGAAAAACAAAAGGAAAAAGACAAAGAGAAAAGCAAGGAUAAAAGCAAAGAGAAGGAGAAAAGCAAGGAGAAGGAAAAAGAGAAGGAAGGAAACAAGGAAGGGAAAUUUCAAUGGAAGGAACUUCUUAAAGAUGAUGAUCUUGAUCCCUAUAAAUUCAAACUAAAGGACUUUGAGGAUGCUGACACAAAAGUUAAGUUGAAAGAUGGCAACACCAAAAAAGAGAGGGAGAAACAUAAAGAUAAAAAGAAAGAGAAGGAGAAAGGCAAAAAAGACAAGGAUAAGAAAGACAAGGAGAAACUUAAAGAUAAAGGUAAAGAAGAUAAGAUAAAGGCUCCAUCAGCACCUCUUGUGUUACCUCCCAAAGAAAUGUCUUUGCCCUUGUUCAGCACACCAACUGCCAUGAGGCUGCCCAGCAUGUUACCUUCCUUGUCGCCAAUGCUCCCUGAAAAAUUGUUUGAGGACAAAGAGAAACCAAAAGAAAAGAAGAAAGACAAAAAAGAGAAGAAGAAAAAGAAGGAAAGGGAGAAAGACAAAGAAAAGGAAAAGAAGGAGAAGGAAAAGGAGAGGAAGGAGAGAGAAAAGAAAGAGAAAGAAAAAGAGAAACACAAACACGAAAAGAUAAAGGUGGAACCAGUUGUUCCAGCUCCAUCCCCGGUUAUUCCUCGGCUGACGUUAAGAGUGGGUGCAGGCCAAGACAAGAUAGUCAUCAGCAAAGUGGUGCCAGCCCCGGAGGCCAAACCCGCUACACCCGCAGGUCGGCCCAAAACGCCUCCGCCGGUGCCGUCCCCCGUCCCAGCUCCUGUCCACGUCACCCCUCCUCCGGCUCCAGCUCCUCCACCACCUCAAGCUACCGUCUCGCCGGUCCUCAUUCCCCCGCCGUCCCCAGCUGUCUCCGCAGCAGGAGGCUCCAAAGCCCCCGUGAGGAGCGUGGUGACAGAGACCGUCAGCACUUACGUGAUCCGGGACGAGUGGGGGAACCAGAUCUGGAUCUGUCCUGGCUGUAACAAGCCAGAUGAUGGCAGUCCAAUGAUAGGUUGUGAUGACUGCGACGACUGGUAUCACUGGCCCUGUGUGGGGAUUACGACGGCCCCCCCGGAGGAGAUGCAGUGGUUCUGCUCCAAGUGCGCCAACAAAAAGAAGGAUAAAAAACACAAGAAGAGGAAGCACCGAGCGCACUGA